GGCCGCGCUGCGCGGGCGACUCGUUGGUGCGGGGAAGAUGGCGGCGCCCGAGCCGGAGCGUUAGGGCGCGUGCAGGCCCCCGCCCGCUCGUCUGGGCGCACCGGCCAGUUCGGUGGGCGCUGGGCUGGGGCUCGGGCGGCCUGCCGGCCUCCGGACGGCACCUGGUGCCACGGGGAGCGCGCAGCGGGAAAAGCGGCGACUCGCGGGCCCGGGGCGGGGCCUGUGGGGUCAGAGGGCGGGCCUGGAGAGCAAGGGGAGCUGGGAACUGGUGGUCGCCCUCCGUGUGUGAGCUUGGCGGGUGGGCACAAUGGACCUGGCUUAUGUCUGCGAGUGGGAGAAAUGGCCCAAGAGCACCCACUGCCCGUCGGUGCCCCUGGCCUGCGCCUGGUCCUGCCGCAACCUCAUCGCCUUCACCACAGACCUCCGCAGCGACGACCAGGGUGCGCCCCUCGCCCGGCCCCCAUCCCAUGUCAUCAGGCCCCAGCUCCUACAGACCUGACCCGCAUGAUCCACAUCCUGGACACGGAGCACCCCUGGGACGUGCACUCCAUCAACUCUGAGCACAGUGAAGCCAUCACCUGCCUCGAGUGGGACCAGUCAGGCUCACGGCUCCUGUCGGCCGAUGCUGACGGGCAGAUCAAGUGCUGGAGCAUGGCAGACCACCUGGCCAACAGCUGGGAGAGCCACGUGGGCAGCCUGGUGGAGGGGGACCCCAUCGUGGCCUUGUCCUGGCUGCACAACGGUGUGAAGCUGGCCCUGCACGUGGAAAAGUCAGGCGCCUCCAGCUUCGGGGAGAAGUUCUCCCGCGUCAAGUUCUCACCGUCCCUCACGCUGUUUGGGGGCAAGCCCAUGGAGGGCUGGAUUGCGGUGACGGUCAGCGGCCUGGUCACCGUGUCCCUGCUCAAGCCCAGCGGCCAGGUGCUGACCUCGACGGAGAGCCUGUGCCGGCUGCGUGGGCGCGCGGCCCUGGCCGACAUCGCCUUCACGGGCGGCGGCAACAUCGUGGUGGCCACGGCGGAUGGCAGCAGCGCGUCCCCCGUACAGUUCUACAAGGUGUGCGUGAGCGUGGUCAGCGAGAAGUGCCGCAUCGACACCGAGAUCCUGCCCUCCCUCUUCAUGCGCUGCACCACCGACCUCAACCGCAGGGACCGCCUGCCCGCCAUCACCCACCUCAAGUUCCUGGCGCGGGACAUGUCGGAGCAGGUGCUCCUGUGCGCGUCCAGCCAGACGAGCAGCGUGGUGGAGUGCUGGUCCCUGCGCAAGGAGGGGCUCCCCGUGAACAACAUCUUCCAGCAGCUCUCGCCUGCCGUUGGCGACAAACAGCCCAUGAUUCUCAAAUGGCGGAUCCUGUCAGCCACCAACGACCUGGACCGUGUGUCUGCCGUGGCGCUGCCCAAACUGCCCAUCUCGCUCACCAACACUGACCUGAAGGUGGCCAGCGACACCCAGUUCUACCCCGGCCUCGGGCUGGCCCUGGCCUUCCACGACGGCAGCGUCCACAUCGUGCACCGGCUCUCGCUGCAGACCAUGGCCGUCUUCUACAGCUCUGCGGCCCCACGCUCCGUGGACGAGCCGGCCAUCAAACGCCCUCGGACCACAGGCCCUGCCAUCCACUUCAAGGCCAUGCAGCUCUCCUGGACCUCCCUGGCCCUCGUGGGCAUCGACAGCCACGGCCGGCUGAGCAUGUUACGCAUCUCGCCGUCCAUGGGCCACUCGCUGGACGUGGGGCUGGCCCUCCGGCACCUGCUCUUCCUGCUGGAGUACUGCAUGGUGACCGGCUAUGACUGGUGGGACAUCCUUCUGCACGUGCAGCCUGGCAUGGUGCAGAGCCUGGUGGAGAAGCUGCACGAGGAGUACACGCGCCAGAAGGCCGAGCUGCAGCAGGUCCUCUCCACCCGGAUCCUGGCCAUGAAGGCCUCGCUCUGCAAGCUGUCGCCCUGCACAGUGACCCGUGUAUGCGAUUACCAUGCGAAGCUCUUCCUCAUUGCCAUCAGCUCCACACUCAAGUCGCUGCUGCGUCCACACGUCCUCAACACACCGGAUAAGAGCCCGGGAGACCGGUUGACCGAGAUCUGCGCCAAGAUCACGGACGUUGACAUUGACAAGGUCAUGAUCAACCUCAAGACGGAAGAGUUUGUCCUGGACAUGAACACACUGCAGGCACUGCAGCAGCUCCUGCAGUGGGUGGGCGACUUCGUGCUCUACCUGCUGGCUAGUCUGCCCAAUCAGGGCUCCCCACUGCGGCCAGGCCACAGCUUCCUGCGGGACGGCACCUCGCUGGGCAUGCUGCGUGAGCUGAUGGUCGUCAUCCGCAUCUGGGGCCUGCUGAAGCCCAGCUGCCUGCCUGUGUACACGGCCACCUCAGACACCCAGGACAGCAUGUCCCUGCUCUUCCGCCUGCUCACCAAGCUCUGGAUCUGCUGCCGUGACGAGGGCCCAACGAGCGAGCCGGACGAGGCGCUCGUUGAUGAGUGCUGCCUGCUGCCCAGCCAGCUGCUCAUCCCCACCCUGGACUGGCUGCCAGUCAGCGACGGCCUGGUCAGCCGCCUGCAGCCCAAGCAGCCCCUGCGUCUGCACUUCGGCAAGACUCCUGCUCUGCCUGGCAGCGCGACCACCUUGCAGCUGGACGGCCUCAUCAGGGCGCCGGGCCACCCCAAGACGGACCACCUGCGGAGGCUGCACCUGGGCGCCCAUCCCACGGAGGAGUGCAAGGCGUGCACCAGGUGUGGCUGCGUCACCAUGCUCAAGUCACCCAACAAGACGACGGCUGUCAAACAGUGGGAGCAGCGCUGGAUCAAGAACUGCCUGUGUGGGGGGCUGUGGCGGCGAGUGCCCCUCAGCUGUCCCUGAGCGCACCCGGCCCUAUUCUGUAUGUGAGUGAUACCCUGUGAUUCUUGUCUUUCUCCGUGUGACUUCACUUAUUGUGACGAUCUCCAGGUCCAUCCACGUUGCUGCAAAUGGUAGUAUUUCAUUCCUUAUGGCUGAGUAGUAUUCCACUGUGUAUGCAGACCACAUUUUCUUUACCCAGUCAUCUGUCGUCGGUGGACAUUUAGGCUGCUUCCAUGCCUUGGCUGCUGUAAAUAGUGCUGCUGUGGACCUCGGGGUGCAGGUGUCGUUUCGCGUUAGAGUGCUCUCCAGUUGUACACCCAGGAGUGGGACUGCUGGGCCACAUGGUGCAUCUGCUUUUAGUUUUCUAAGGAAUCUCCAUACUGUUUUCCUUAGUGGCUGCACCAAACUGCAUUCCCGCCAGCAGUGUCAGAGGGUUCCCCUUUCUCCACACCCUCUCCAGUACUUAUUAUUUGUGGACUUUUUGAUGAUGGCUUUUCUGACAGGUGUGACUUGACACCUCACCGUGGUUCUGAUUUGCGUUUCUCUGAUAAUUAGCAAUACUGAGCAUCUUUUCAUGUGCUUAUUGGCUGGCUGGCUGGCUGUCUCUGGAGAAAUGUCUGUCUAGGUUUUCUGCCCAUCUUUUGAUGAGAUUGUUUGUUUUUUUGUUUUUCAGUUGUACGAGCUGCUUGUAUAUUUUGGAAAUUAAUGCCUUGUCAGUGGCAUCAUUUGCAAAUAUUUUCUCCCAUUUGUA